CUAAUUAUGUUUUCGAGGCGAUCGAGACCUGAGUAUGAGUAUAUAAUUCGUCUAACACGUCCGAAAUAGUCCUCAUCUCAACCAGCUCUCUACACAACAGCUUCCAUCGAACGCAUACAUCUAUCUACUACGCAAUCAGCAACCAGCCAACCACCAAUCCUCGCACUAAGCUUUCAAAAUGAAGUUCUCCAACACCCUCCUCCUUAUCGCCCCCCUGACUGCCCUCGCAGCUGAGACAUUCGGUGCUCACGGUGGUGCGGUGGCUCAGGCUGGCGCCAAGGUUCACCAACGCGAGGAGUCUACUGCCUUCAGCCCUGCCCAGGACGAUGCCAAGGCGUACAAGCGCGGACAAGAUGAUGCGAAGGCCUACAAGAGAGGUCAAGAUGAUGCGAAGGCAUACAAGAGAGGCCAGGACGACGCCAAGGCCUACAAGCGCGGUCAGGACGAUGCGAAGGCCUACAAGAGAGGCCAGGACGAUGCUAAAGCCUACAAGCGCGAAGAGUCUACUGCCUUCAGCCCCGCUCAGGACGAUGCCAAGGCGUACAAGCGCGGUCAGGACGAUGCGAAGGCCUACAAGAGAGGUCAAGAUGAUGCGAAGGCCUACAAGAGAGGUCAAGAUGAUGCGAAGGCAUACAAGAGAGGCCAGGACGACGCCAAGGCCUACAAGCGCGGUCAGGACGAUGCGAAGGCCUACAAGAGAGGCCAGGACGACGCCAAGGCCUACAAGCGCGGUCAGGACGAUGCGAAGGCCUACAAGAGAGGCCAGGACGAUGCUAAAGCCUACAAGCGCGAAGAGUCUACUGCCUUCAGCCCCGCUCAGGACGAUGCGAAGGCUUACAAGCUUUUGUAA